AUGUUCUUCGUCGAUCCAUACCGUAUUCAACGUUUCAGCCCAAAGACACACUCUUCCAAAAAUGUUAGAGUCUCUGGCAAAAAUGUCAUCGUAUCAAGGUCAAUACUGAUGAGAAUUUCAAAUGGAACUCCUCCUUUCAAAAUAUGGGGAAAAGUUGAUACAGGAAGUAACCUAAUGUGGACUCAGUGCAAGCCUUGUAAAACAUGUUACGAACAAGAUGAUCCUUUUUUUGACCCAAUAAAUUCCUCUGCAUAUAGAAACUUAUCUUGCACUACAAAGCAAUGUCAGAUCCUAGGAGAAUCUGCCAGUUGCUCUAUUACUUCCAUUACACUUCCUAAUUUUAUUAUGGGUCGUGGACAUAAUAAUAGAGGACUUUUUAGUCCAGAAACCUCUGGUACUAUCGGCCUUGGUGGGUCGAAACCUUCUAUUGUUUCUCGAUUGGGAGAUCUAAAGGCAAUAAGUGUAGGAAAUAAAAGAAUAAAAUUUAGCAGUUCUUCUUCUACUACGGAAGGAAACAUAAUCAUAGAUUCUGGAACUGCAUUGACAUUCUUCCCUGAUGCUUCCUUCUCAGAAUUGGCUACGGCAUUCGCCGCUGGUGUUACCGGCGGGAAACGUGUCAAAGACCCAUCUGGUUUUCUUCCAGUUUGUUAUAACUCUACUACUGAAUCUAGAAUAAAAAAUUUCCAAGGGUUACAGUUCAUUUUAGGGGGUCCGGAUGUGAAACUGAAACGCGUUAAUAGGUUUAUUAGAGUUGCAGAAGGUGUUAUUUGUAAACCUGGUGGUGGUGAUUCUGCUGCAUUAUAUGGGAAUUUCGCACAGAUGAAUUUUCUGGUGGGGUAUGACCUUGUAAAGAAAACGAUACCGUUUAAGCCAACUGAUUGCGGGAAGGAGGAAGUAACUUGA